AAAUAACAGCGUCUCAAAGAAGUUAACCAGACAAGACAAAGACCAUGAGAUGAUAGUCGUAGGAACCACGGUGAGAAGAGAAGAAGAAUUAUUAUUACACACAAAACAAACGCAGUUGAUGUUGCUGCUCUAGACUGUUCUGCGACUCUUUACGCAACUAUAUUUUCGUUUUUGCCGAGAUAGGGUUUUCGGUUUUCUUCACUGCUCUCUCACCAGGGGCGAGUUGUGAAUGGAAGCACAAGGCAUAAAGUAUAAAGCAUAAAGCAUAGUUAGUUGAGUCAAUGGAAGGUGUUGAUCAAAGAAAUAGUUCUGCAUUUGGUGUUCCAGUUCCAAGACCACCAAACCAGAAAUCUCGUAUGCCACCAUCUCACCCUAGUAUCAAUGUUUCACCUUCAGCAACUCCUUAUUCCCAAUACCCUCAGCGAUUGCGUUCUCCGGGUUCCUCCCAUUCGAGGUCUUUGUCUCAACCUCCCAUUUUAUCGUUGGAUUCAUUGCCCCCAUUGAGUCCUUCCCCUGCUGCUGUUACCUCCAUGUUUGACUCAAUCUCAACAACUGAUAUGUCUGUGGAGGAAAGUAAUGUUUCCUCUCAGGUGCCCCUCAAUAGAGGGCAUGCCCUUCUUCCUCCUAGGAAGGGACACCGGCGCUCUAGUAGUGAUUCCCCUUUGGGAAUCUCUGGUUUUAUGCAGUCUUCUCCAGUUCCCUCCGGAGGAGAGAGCUCGGGGUUCGAGAAGCCGAUUCAGUUGGUCUUGAAGGCGUCCUUUAGGGACAGCCUGGAUGGGGGCCAUGCUAAUGAGCCUGUUAAUGGGAGGAAGGAGGAGGCUGCGGAUGAUUUGUUCAGGGAAUACAUGAAUUUGGACAACUUUGAUAAUCUGAACUUUCCUGGCAUGGAAGAUAAGGACUUGGAUAGCAGGACCAGUGGUUCCAAGACAGUUGAGAGCAGCGAUAAUGAAGUUGAGAGUCAUGUCAAUGGGAAGGCGAGUGGGGCUCAGGGGGCAAGUUCAAGCUGCUCGGAGGAAAGGAGGGAAGGAGUCAAGAGGAGUUCAAAUGGGGAGGUUGCACCGGGUUCCCGGCAUCGGAGGAGUUUUUCGUUGGAUAGUUCCAUAAGGAACUUUAACAUUGAAGAUGGAUUGCCUAAGCUUCCUCCUUCGAAAAAUCAAAUGGGUCAGCACUCACCUAGCAAUUCGAUGGAUGGCAAAAUGUCAGAAACCUCCACGGAGUUUGGAAAUGGCGAAUUUAGUGCAGAGGAGGUAAAGAAAAUAAUGGAAAGUGAUAAACUAGCUGAAAUUGCUUCGACUGAUCCCAAACGUGCAAAAAGGAUUUUGGCUAAUCGUCAAUCAGCUGCUCGUUCAAAGGAGAGGAAGAUGCGAUACAUUGCUGAAUUGGAACACAAAGUGCAAACUCUUCAGACAGAAACAACCACAUUGUCUACUCAGUUUACCAAAUUACAGAGGGAUAACUCUGACCUUAAAAGUGAGAACAACGAGUGCAAAUUAAGGCUUCAAGCCAUGGAACAACAGUCUCUAUUGAAAGAUGCUCUGAACGAGACUUUGGAUGCUGAAGUCCGGCGUUUGAGGCGUGCUGUUGCAGAACUUGGCGGUGAAUCCCUCACAAGUUGCAUGGCUCGACAGCUUGCUAUUAACCAACAAAUGUUUGAGUUACAGCAUCAGCAGCCCAGCCAACAGAGACAUUUUCUACUGCAAAAUCACCAUACUCAGGAAGAGAUAGAGUCUCGAUCACAGCAGAUUCAAGGCAAUGAAUUGCAUCCCCAGGCACAGAUUCAGUCACAGCAGAUUCAACGCAAUGAAUUGCAUCCCCAGCCUUAAAUUGCAGAGAAAUAUGUUGCCUAUUAAUGGUGCCAAAUAGUGGAAGCAAAAUACUUUUGGACGUGGAGCUGGUGAGGUAUAAGUAUAAUCUCAAUCGUACAUAAGCAGUGAUCUAGCAUUAGUUUGCUUGAAGUUUCAUAAGAUCGGUUCAUCAUCUUUAUUUAAUUUAUUAUUUUGACUGUUUUACCUGCAUACAAACGCGGACUAUCCUAUUCAUGUAGUAAACCUUAUUGUCAUGAAUACAACCCACCUUUCUCUAUUGAGAGGGGUCAUGUUGUUGCAUAAUCUAUGUUACUCUAUAAAUUAUUGUUGA